CACUGUCCCCAUCAUAACGUCCCCUUCCACAAGAGCAUUCCGUAGGCUCCAGACCUUCUGGUCAGCAGGGAGCUGCUCUCCAGAAGAGCCGCACCAUGGAGGAUGCUUGUCCCUUUGCCUGUCACUGCAUCGAGCCGCAGUCCAUGCGGAUGGACACUCUGUCCCCUUCAGAGAAGGCACUCGCCGGGGGGAGCUCCGACCUCAUGGACUUCUAUGCCACAAACUACCCCGUGGCUCAUGGCCAGCCAGGCUUCAGUCCCCAGCUCGGCCACCACACAGGCACUGGCUCCGUGACCGACAACCACUCAGCCAUGUCCUGCCUGCUGCACCCACACAGUGUAGCAGAGGGCCACUGCCAGGAUGCCAUGGCCACCACUGCUGAGCACUUCAAGCCCCUCUGGCUUCCCAAUGGCAGGAGCAUCCUGCCCUGCCACAUCCACAAGCCACAGAGUGGCUACCUGCAGGAGUGCCCCCCUUCCUGCCUCCGUGCGGGGAUGGUGAGUCCCCAGCACAUGAGGCUCCAGCAGAGACGGCCCAGACUAAGGGAGAACCGCUGCACCGAUCCUCUCCAGCCAGAUACCCUGCAGAAGGUCACCCUUGGCACCAAGGAGCCAUCAGGCUUCACCAAAGGCACCAAGAGGACCGACUCCUUCCUGCCACCUCUGCCAAUCCAGCAGGGCCAGCCCCUCAGCGUCAGCCUCACCACAAGGGAUUACCUGCCCUCUGUGCGCAGCCACGGCAACGAGACGCUCCCAACGCUGCCACCAGCCUCCAAGCGAGGCAGCAGCUUCACCCGGGAGGGACCGAGCUGCCUGGGCAGGGUGGUCUUGCCCACGCUGGGACACUCAGCAUCCCUCGUCUCCCGAGGGCUGGAGGCAACCCGAGAGACCCAGGCCAGGCUGCUGGGCAGGCAGGCUGCUGGCAGGAUGGAGCCAUCAGGGUACGCCACUAACUAUGGCCAAUGUGUGACCAGCUGCCUAACCCCAUCCCCUGCAGCUCCAGCCCGGGAUGCAACCUGGAUAGCGAGACCCUUUGAUGGAAUCCAGCCCCAGCAUCCCAGCGGCUUCAGCACCAACAACCACCCCACAAGGCUGGGGGACGUCAUUGACCACCUCCUGGUGUGAUGCCCCCCGUUGCCCCACCUUUAGGAGUAACCCCAGCUUCAUUGUUGAUCCCCAAAUCCCUGGAAGUUCCCUUUCUUCCCACGUGGAGGAAUAAAGACUGCAAAGCAACCUU